AUGGAGACACUCCUGGGACUAGGAGGUGUUGGAGGAAUCAGUGGUGGUGGUUGUGGUUGCCAGUGCGAACACUGCAGAUGCAGACAAGCCGGUGAGACGCCUUGUUCCACCUGCCGACCUGCCACUUCGUCGUCGUCGUCGACGAUUGGAACCGGCGUGCAGACUUCCAAGCCGUCAGAUGUGGUGGCCGCGAUUGACCUGCUCAAUGUGACGCUCAAGAAGAUUCGACGAAAGGAAAGCCUUGGAGGCGUCGGUGGAAGAAACGAUCCCCUGCUGCAUCCUGGUGAAGUGCUGUGGGGAAGCAGUGCCCCGAGUUCGAGCCCCACUCUGCCUGGUGGACGCAUGCCACCGCCUCAGGGCUUUCCUUGUGGACCUAAUUCUGUUAAUGCUCUGUUCUAA